CCCUGGUUCAAAUAAAAGAUGUGAAAAUGCACCACCAAUUUCGCGCUCAGAACUCCCCUCACUUCCGCCAUUACUAGGGUUGCUCUCGUUUUCAAAACCCUUUCGUUUUCCCUCCUUUUGGCAAAAACCUCCGAUAAAAAAUAAAAUCCGCAGAAGAAAUUGUUGCCGCCGGCGAGAAUGAAUUUGACUGAAGGUGCAAACGGAGUUCUAGCGGAUCCCGACAAUCCGCGGAACAAGGACCCCGAUUUUAAGCCGCUGCUGCAAAUUCAAGAUGUGAGAGCAAUAUCCACGGCCCAGAACGGUAAUGCCUCGGAAAGAUUCCGUGUCGUUUUGUGGGACGGUCUGUCUUUGCAGCAAGGUAUGCUGGCGACUCAACAGAACGAGUUGGUUCGAAGUUCGAAGUUGCAGAAGGGUUCUAUUGUUCGAUUGACCCAGUUCAUUUCCAAUCGCAUCAAGGACCGAACGAUUGUCAUCAUUAUUGAUUUGGAAGUCAUUCUUGAGAAAUGUGAUCCUAUUGGUGAACCGCAGUCAUCAACAAUGAUUGGUGGUAACGUUGCAUCUUCUGCAACAAGGUCACCUACAUCAACGAAUGUGCCGAAUCAGUCUGGUUAUGUUACUGGCAAUCCUGUAUCUUCUAGUGUUGGUUCCGUAUCGAGUGGCUUGGCUUCUAGGCCAAAUAUGGUUGCGGCUACACGUCCCCAGCUUCCUGUGGUGGAUCGUAGUGCAAGCUACAAUGCCUACGGUGGUAACUCUGGGUCAGGUACAUACAAUUCAACAAGGGUGCCUUCUGCUUACUCAAAUGCAGAACCCGGGUCAGGAAUUUCACGAACUCCAGUAAACACCUAUCUGCGACCACCUCAACCAUCCUAUCAGCAGCCAUCCUCUGCAUACACAAACAGAGGACCCGUAACCAGGAAUGAAGCACCUGCAAGGAUCAUCCCUAUUGCUGCUCUUAAUCCCUAUCAAGGCAGGUGGACUAUUAAGGGUAGAGUGACAGCUAAGGCGGAUCUUAGACAAUACAAUAAUCAGCGUGGUGAUGGUAAAGUAUUUUCUUUUGAUCUUCUUGAUGAGAGUUCAGAAAUACGGGUUACCUGUUUCAAUGCUGUGGCAGAACAAUUCUAUGACCUGAUUGAGCCAGGUAAGAUUUAUAUGAUAUCAAAAGGAACCUUGUUACCUGCUCAGAAGAAUUUUAAUCACCUGCCAAAUGAUCAUGAAAUCCGCCUCGAUAGUUAUUCAACUGUUCAACCUUGCCAUGAGGAUGAUGGUUCGAUACCAUUCCAAAAUUGGAGUUUUCGAUCCAUUGGUGAAAUUGAAGGAAUGGAUAAUAACUGCAUUUUGGAUGUGAUUGGUGUUGUGUGUUCUAUUAGUCCAUCAAGCACAAUAAUGAGGAAGAAUGGUACUGAAACUCAGAAAAGAACUCUGCAAAUAAAGGAUAUGUCUGGUAGAAGUGUUGAAAUAACUUUGUGGGGUAAUUUUUGCAAUGCAGAAGGUCACACACUUCAGAAUAUGUGUGAUUCUGGGGUAUUUCCUGUGUUGGCUAUCAAGUCUGGGAGAGUCAAUGAUUUCAAUGGGAAAGCAGUGGGAACGAUAUCCAACAGCCAGUUAUUUAUUGAACCAGAUUUACCUGAGGCCAGUCGGCUAAGGGACUGGUUUGAGCAGAAUGGGAAGAACACACCUUCAGUGUCAAUUUCUAGGGACGGUAUGGGCAUGAUCUGUCCUGAUGUGCGAAAGACUAUAUCGCAGAUCAAAGACGAAAAGCUUGGGACUUCUGAUAAGCCUGAUUGGAUUACCGUCUCUGCCACUCUCUCAUUUAUAAAAACGGACAACUUUUAUUACACUGCGUGCCCCAUCAAGAUUGGAGAUAGGCAGUGCAACAAAAAGGUUACAAAUAAUGGCGAUGGCAGGUGGAGAUGUGAUAGGUGUGACCAGACUGUUGAUGAGUGUGACUACAGGUAUAUUCUCCAAAUGCAGAUUCAGGAUCACACUGGCUUAACAUGGGUUACAGCUUUUCAAGAAUCUGGUGAGGAUAUCAUGGGUAUUCCUGCAAAAGAUUUGUACCAAUUGAAGCAUGAGGAGCAAGAUGAGGACAAAUUCAAUGAAUAUAUGCAUAAUGCUCUCUUGAAGAAAUAUAUGUUUAAAUUGAAGGUGAAGGAGGAAACUUUCAGUGAUGAGCAACGUGUAAAAUCUACGGUAGUUAAAGCCGAGAAACUGAAUUUUGAAUCUGACACCAGGUAUCUUUUUGACAUGAUUGAGAAGUUGAAACAGGAGGAUCUGGGCACAGUACCUGUGAAGUCCGACAAUGUCAUUUCCAGCUCUGGACUGAAUUUUACCUCCGUACCUGUGAUGUCCGAAAAUGUUAUUCCAAGCUCUGGACAGAAGUCUACGGGAUUAGGUUUCGGGGUUAGAGAGCCUGUGGCUGCAAGUAGCUAUGGGAGAGAAUCUGGAAUGCAGCCGAACCAAGGAACUUCAUUUGGAAGUCAAUAUGGUGGUUCCAGCGUUGGGCAAACUGGAAUGGUGUCAAACUGCAACAACUGUGGUGGUAGUGGACACAGCUACAUGAAUUGUCCGAAUAACCAGCCACAGCAGUCAUAUGGCGGCUUUAACAAUACUGUAUCUUCGGGUCCAGCAGCAGGUGGUGGUGCUGCAUCAAAUGAGUGCUUCAAAUGCCAUCAGUUUGGGCAUUGGGCUAGGGAUUGUCCUAAAGAAAGCAACACUGGUGUAUCUUCUGGUGGUGGUGGUGGUGGUGCUGCAUCAAGUGAGUGCUUCAAAUGCCAUCAGUUCGGGCACUGGGCAAGAGAUUGCCCUAAUGAAAGCAAUGCGCCUCCAGCAUAUGGAAGGGCAAACACGGGGCCUGGUAGAUAUGGGAAUGCACCAAGGCAAUAUGUGGGUGGUUUUUGAUUACCAAUUCCUUCUCUGACCAUGCGAGUUGUGUUAUAAUAGUUUUGUAUGGAUAGCUCUGUUGUGCUGCCCGCCCCCCAGUUGCAGCUUUCCUUGUGGAGAUUUCUUUUGUCAUAGUUUGUGAGGGAAUAAUCUCCAAAUCGAGGCGCAUGUUUUGGCUUUAGAAGAAGUAUAUGUAUGAAUGAGCCCUUGCGCAUCUGUUUUUAAGUUUUAAGUAAUUGUAAAGUGAAUCUUUUUUCUGUGAAUUAAUUUUAGCUGUCUUUUUGUCUUUUGUGCUGAAGUAGCUGGACGGCUGG